AUGCCAGCUCCCCAGGCUUACGCUCCAACGACAACAACGUCGCGAAGCAUUCUAGGGACACGGAACGGCGUAAACCAUGAUCAAGAAAUUACCCGCGGGUCGAUUACGAAGACGCCAGCGCUCAAAACGGUCUACGAAUCCUUAUGUGAGAUCUUCUCCGUGGUCAGCGCUCUAGAGGUGGUAGAGAAUUCGUUUGUGAAGGAUUUCUUGACCGACAAGGAGAAGUAUACCGCUACUGUGAUGCGGCUCAUCAACCAGUACAAUAUUCUCGUGCAAACAGUGACUAGCGAAGCGAAUAGCCCCACCCUAAAGGAGAUUUUGCCCGGUCUCACGGCCGACAAUGGCAAUUUUCUCACAGAGUUUCAAAAAAAGUACCGUCUACAUGCAUCUUUAGCCGCCGACCGGCUCAAAACCGGCGUUCCGGUCACCAUUGAACAGCUUCCAGCAGUACAAAAUGAACAAGGCGCACCUAACACCCUUCGUAGUAGCGUGGGUGCAAACGCGCGGUUGGUUGCCGAAGCUACCGGUAAUUUCAUAACCACCAUGGAUGCAUUGAAGCUUGAAUACAGCUCCAAGCUGCAACUCCAUCCUUUACUCAGCAGUCUAGUAAUCAGCCUUAACGAGCUAAGUACGGGGUCCGGCGCGGAGACAAAGCCCAUCGAUUUUGUGGGUAAAUCCAAGCUUGUCACCUGGCUUAUCAAGCUCAACAACUUGGGCGAUACUGAGCAGUUGAGCGCCGAGGAAAGAGAAGAUUUCCUUAUGGACCUCGAUCUGGCCUAUGGAGCGUUCUACAAUUCGCUCGCUUAA